UUCGACGAUGAUGGGGGCAAGUACAAUAAUGUUGGGCAAAAAUGUAUUGUAUGCUAGUACACGUAAAUACUCAUUAUCAGUCGCUAAAGAGUCGUUGUUGGGUAUAAAACAACUAAAGUUUAGUUCUGUCAAUUCACUGCAAAUAAAAAGAUACAAGUGCAACAUGCCAAUCAAAUCCAUUUUCGCUCGUCAAAUCUUCGACUCGCGUGGUAACCCCACCGUUGAAGUUGACCUUACCACCGAAUUGGGUCUUUUCCGUGCUGCCGUACCAUCUGGUGCCUCCACCGGUGUUCACGAAGCUUUGGAAUUGCGUGAUAAUGACAAGAAGAGCUAUCACGGCAAGAGCGUCUUGCAAGCCGUCGGUCAUGUCAACAAGACUUUGGCACCCGAACUCAUCAAGGCCAAUUUGGAAGUUACCGAUCAAGAAGCCAUCGAUAACUUCAUGUUGAAAUUGGACGGUACUGAGAACAAGAGCAAAUUUGGUGCCAACGCCAUUUUGGGCAUUUCCUUGGCCGUUUGCAAGGCUGGUGCCGCCAAGAAGGGUGUACCAUUGUACAAACACAUUGCCGAUUUGGCCGGCAACAAGGACAUCAUUUUGCCCGUACCCGCUUUCAAUGUCAUCAACGGUGGCAGUCAUGCUGGCAACAAAUUGGCCAUGCAAGAAUUCAUGAUCUUGCCUACCGGUGCCUCUAGCUUCACCGAAGCCAUGAAGAUUGGCUCUGAAGUAUACCAUCACUUGAAGAAGGUCAUCAAGGACAAAUUCGGUUUGGAUGCCACCGCUGUCGGUGAUGAGGGUGGUUUCGCUCCCAACAUUCAAUCCAACAAGGAAGCUUUGAGCCUUAUCUCCGAUGCCAUCGCUUUGGGCGGUUACACCGGCAAGGUUGAAAUCGGCAUGGAUGUUGCCGCUUCUGAAUUCUUCAAGGAUGGUGUUUACGACUUGGACUUCAAGAACCCCAACAGCGACAAGGCCCAAUGGCUUGCCCCCGAAAAGUUGGCCGAUUUGUACCAAGAAUUCAUCAAGGACUUCCCCAUUGUCUCCAUUGAAGAUCCCUUCGAUCAAGAUCAUUGGGAUGCCUGGGCCAAACUUACUGCCGCCACCAGCAUUCAAAUUGUCGGUGAUGAUUUGACCGUCACCAACCCCAAGCGUAUCCAAACUGCCGUUGAAAAGAAGGCCUGCAACUGCUUGUUGUUGAAGGUCAACCAAAUCGGUACCGUCACCGAAUCCAUCAAGGCCCAUUUGUUGGCCAAGCAAAACGGCUGGGGCACCAUGGUUUCCCAUCGCUCUGGCGAAACUGAAGAUUCCUUCAUUGCUGAUUUGGUUGUUGGUUUGUCCACUGGUCAAAUUAAGACUGGCGCUCCUUGCCGCUCUGAACGUUUGGCUAAAUACAACCAAAUUCUCCGCAUCGAAGAAGAAUUGGGCGCCAAUGCCAAAUUCGCUGGCAAAUCCUUCAGAAAACCCCAAUAAAUCGUCUAACAUCGAGCGAGCAUAAUUCAUUGUUACCACCACUACACAUCUAUUCCAACAUCUAAAAAAGAAGAAACACGCUAAAUGCUAAACCUAAAUUGAGCUUGGUUAUAUAAAAAAAACAAAUAUUCAUAUUUUUUUUAAUUUAACAAGGAUUAGGAUUAAUAUUUAAUGAGGUAACUCUAGGUAUAUAAUCUUAAACCUUUUCUAAAUUAUUAUUGAUGUUUAUUUAAAUACACUACUACAAUAUUUAUUAAAUAAUUAUCUCUAUAUAGUUCUACACAAAACAUAAUUAAAUAAAUAUAUGUAGUUCGUUGUUGUCAAAAUUAUUACAAAACAAAAUUUUGGAACAGUCGUAACUGUUUCCAGCAGGAGGCAUUUACUGGCUGUUCCUUAAAUAAGACACACGCAUAAAAUUUGUUAAUUUUUAAUCAGUAGAUUUAAGUAUUUGAUUACUUCAUCUUAAAUUAAAUAGAUGGGUAAUUAUUAAUAAAAAACAAUAAAAAAUUACAAAAAA